GUGUGAUAAUUAGAGUCGUCUAUACAACACAACUAGUUUUUAGUGAAAAUGUAUGUUUAAACUUUGGACGACUGCGCGCAUCCGUGUACGCGCAUUCGCGCAUCCGUGUACGCGCAUGUAUAUAGCUUUGGAGAAGAGCAGAGCAGAGUGCAGUCACUUGCUGUGGUUGGAACUGAACAACAAGCAUGUUGGGCUCGUUUGUUCUGCUGUGGAUAUGCAUUUGCCUCCUCUUCUUUUUCUUAAAGGUUAAUAGACCCCCAAACUUUCCUCCUGGUCCACAACCCAUUCCAAUAUUUGGGAAUCUGCUGCAUCUGAGUUUGGGGAAUCCUAUGAAAGACCUGGAGAAGUUGGCGAAGCGCUAUGGGAAUGUUUUCAGCCUUUAUAUUGGUGGAAGGCCAGCUGUGAUUCUCAAUGGGCUUGAAUCUAUGAAGGAGGCCCUGGUUACCAGGGCUGCAGAUUUUGCAGGAAGACCCCAAGACCUUAUGAUCAACCAUGUCACAGAAGGAAAAGGUGUCAUUCUUUUGGACUAUGGCUCCAGCUGGAAAGAGCAUCGUCGCUUCGCCCUAAUGACACUGAAAAACUUUGGUCUGGGGAAGCAGUCCAUGGAGGAGAGGAUUCUGGGGGAGAUAUCACACCUCAUUGCACCCUUGGCGAAAAACGUUGGAAAAUCCAUGAACCCACAGGUUCUCUUCCACAAUGCUGCAUCCAAUAUCAUCUGCCUUGUCCUCUUUGGGUCGCGUUAUGACUAUAACGAUGAGUUUCUUAAGACCUUCGUGAGGCUCUACACUGAGAACGCAAAGAUCGCCAAUGGACCCUGGGCUAUGCUUUACGACACAUUGCCCAUGCUCCGACACCUUCCCUUGCCAUUCCAGAAGGCCUUUCAAAAUGCAAUUUGUUGCAGACAGAUGUCUCUUGGACUCGUCACUCAGCAUAAGGAAACCAGGAUUCCUGGGGAGCCAAGGGACUUCAUUGACUCCUACCUGGAUGAACUAGACAAAAGAGGAGAUGACGGAUCUUCUUUUUCAGAGGCCCAACUCAUAAUGUACGUCCUGGACCUGCACUUUGCUGGAACAGACACCACCUCCAACACACUGCUCACUGCUUUCCUCUACCUCAUGACCCAUCCAGAGAUUCAGGAGAGGUGUCAGCAGGAAAUUGACACGGUACUGGAGGGGAAGGAACACGCAUCUUUUGAGGACAGGCACAGGAUGCCUUACACUCAGGCAGUGACCCACGAGAGUCAGCGCAUCGCCAGUACUGUCCCCCUCAGUGUGUUUCAUAGCACCACCAGAGACACUGAGGUGAUGGGCUACAGGAUCCCAAAGGGCACUUUGAUCAUUCCAAACCUUACCUCUGUGCUGUCUGAAGAGGGUCAGUGGAAGUUCCCCCAUGAGUUCAACCCCUUAAACUUCCUGAACGAGCAGGGCGAGUUUGAGAAGCCCGAGGCCUUUAUUCCGUUCUCUGCAGGGCCCCGAUUGUGUCUUGGAGAAGGACUCGCUCGCAUGGAGCUCUUCCUGAUCAUGGUCACUCUGCUGCGACGCUUCAAGUUUGUCUGGCCUGAGGAUGCGGGGGAACCUGACUACACCCCUGUGUUUGGUGUAACCAUGUCCCCCAAACCCUACAGACUGGGUGUUAGACUGAGAGGGAACUAGUUAGGAGGAAGCUAUUCUAGACAGAGAUCAAAUAGAAUUGGUGUAAUAUAACAUGUAAUAUUAUAAUUAUUCUACUUAAUUCAACUAUCUAUAUGUAUUUGUGCUUAACACAUUGUGCUUAACACUGACCAAGCAUUAUCACUAUUGGAGACAGAUUUUAAGACAGAUUUUAAGAUAUUACAAGGGUCUUUUGUACAGCUGGGAAAAAAACACAGUUUAUGAUUUUUAAUAGGUUCAAAAAGUUGUUUGAAAAUACACUUGCACUUACGAGCUUAGAUGGUUCUCGAAUGAAUAAGGUCUCUGCAUAUAAAUAUACUUACUUUAUCAUCCAACCAUAUCCCUGUCUUUUAAAAUGCAUAUUGACGAACUUUGUAAACGGCUAAUAAUCAAGCUAGGCUUCCUCUAGAAACAGGACAUGUUUGUCCUCUAUAAAUAGAAGACAAAUUGUGCAAGCUACUUUUAUGUCUGUUAUAGAUUAUGGGGAUAUUAUCAACGUGCAUGCUACGGCAUCAACACUUAAAUCGCUGGAUGCUACUUAUCAUUGCGCAUUUAGGAUUAUUACGGGUGUUAGCUACAGAACUCACCACUGUGUUUUAUGUCAAAAUGUGCUUUGGACUUCGCUGUCCAUGAGACGAGCACAACAUGCUCUCGUGUUUGUCUAUAAAGCACUUCUGAAUAAACUACCUUCUCAUCAAUAUUAGAAUUAGAAUUCCUAAAAACCAAGUCUCAAGUAUGGAUUACACUUGAGGCCCAUGUGGUUUCCAGAGUUGGGUAUGGCUGCCUUUUCCUGUUAUGCUCCUUGCCUAUGGAAUAGCCUGCAGACUCAACUUAAACUUGAGACUCUUGUCCCACUUGCCCAUUUUAAACAUUUAUUGGAGGAUUUUUAUUUUUGUAUUGCCUGUAACAGUUUUGGGUAAUGCAAGUUCUUGUGCUGUUAGGGGAAUAACCUGUUAGGGGAAUAACCUGUUAGGGGAAUAACCUGUUAGGGGAAUAACCGAUGUGUAAAUGUAAUAAUCUGCUAAUGUAUGUUUUUUGUGUUUUCUGUGAUGAUUUUGUUUGUCUUGUGCAAUUUCUUAAUCAUUGUACCUGAACUGUAUGUGUACACAGGGCUGUAAAAGAGACCUUGGUCUCAGUCUGUGUUCCUUGUUGAAAUAAAUGUAUACUAAUAGGCUUUCAGUACCAGUUUUAUGGGAUGGUACUUUCAAAACUUAUUGUGGGAAUCUGUGGCUUGAUGAAUUCUAAAUAAAACAUGUAAUGUGGGA